CGAGCAGAUAAGGAGUCGGCGAGCAGAUAAGGAGUCGGGGACUCCGGAGGGAGGCGACCGAACUAGCAAAGUGAAGGCAAAGCCCCAGUGCGGCGGCGAUGGUGACGAGGGCGUGGGCAGCCGCGACCGCGGCCUUGAACCUUCCUCUCCUGACUCGCGGCUCCUGCUCGCGCACGCUGUCGGCCUCGCCCGCACGUCGCUCGGUGGCGGCGGGGCUCCGGCUGCACAGCCGCCGGCCGCGGCCGGCGAAGUUCGAGUGCCGCCGCGCCAAGAACGCGGGGUACGAGGACUACAAGUUCCCGGACCCCAUUCCGGAGUUCGCCGAGCAGGAGACAAGCAAGUUCAGGGAGCACAUGGCGUGGCGGCUGGCGCAGAAGAAGGACGACUACUUCGGGGAGCACGUCGAGGAGAUCGUCGACAUCUGCACCCAGAUCUUAGGGUCUUUCUUGGAAAAUGAUUACUGCGGACCUGGGACGCUCCUAGUUCACCCAUUCUUGGACAUGAAGGGCGAGAUCAAAGAGAGGGGGCUUCCCGGUGCACCUCAAGCUGCCCGUGCAGCGAUCGCUUGGGCUGAAAAGAACAUUGACAAGGAUUGGAAGGCCUGGACUGGGGAAUACUAGGGCUAGUUGACUCCCCUUCGGCUUCCUGUGUUUGUUGUACUACUACUAGCUGUUGUAUCUGUAGUUUUGUCUUUCACUCUUUCAGUGUAGAAUUGAAGCUAGAACUCUAGAUUAGCCGUAACAUCUUACGAGCUCUUGAAACACAAAGUUUUGAUCCUCGCGAAUGAAGUUGUGAUAAUUCUUUUUCUGAAAUGUCAUUAAUGUAUUGCU